AUGCCCCAGCGGGUAACCCUGCCCUGGCAGUCCGACAUGCAGCUGGCCGGAAAGCUCUUCCUCUCCGCCGCCGCUCUGCUCCUCCUGACUUUGGCAUACAGGUUUUAUAAGUCCCGCUCGCUUGCCGGGGGCAAAAUCCCGCUGGCCGAGACGGCAGAUGACGGACGCACACAAAGCACAAAGCAGGAUUUGGCCAGCAGAGGCAUGAGCCAGGAGGCCGAGGGGUGCAGGGGGACGAUCCAGACCCUCAGCGUCAUCUCAGACCUGGGUCUAACAAUGACAGCAAGCAACGUGGGGUCGGACGCCUCCUACUCUUUCUCCUCAGUCGCAAAGAUCCAGGUGGAGGAGAACUACAUUGCUGAGCGGCAGGUGAAGGACGGGGCCAGGCAACCAGUCCCCAGCCUCAAAGGCAAAGUCUAUGACUACUACAUCCAGUCCGUCUCCCAGUCGGUGUCGAAGAAGAGGUCUCUCCCCUGCAUCCCUCCAGGAACAUCCCAGUGCCGCAGCUUGGAGCGGGUCAAUGAAGAGCUGCAGAACUUUGCAACCCAGGAGCUGGACCCAACUUUGGCAAUGCAGGAUCCCACCGCCUCCUCCUCCGUAGUUCCACCACCCACACAGAGCUUGGAGAUCUCCCCUGAGCCACCAUCUCCUGGCCGCAAGGACAGCAUCCUCCAGAUCGCCGACAGCCCCCACCUCCAGCUGCCCAUGGAGGGUUUUGGGGUCACGAUGCCAGCCAGCACACCACCUGCAAGCCCCCGGCCAGGGCUGAUGGCCAGUGCUGACCGCUUCCAAAUGCCACCACCCACCCACCUGGACCUGGGGAACUGCUAUGAUGUCCUCUGCACAGCCAAGGCGCAGAAGCUUGGUGACCUCCAGGAGGCUGCCUACAAGGUGAUGAGCGACAACUAUCUGCAGGUGCUGAGGACACCCUCCAUCUAUGGCCGCCUCAACGCCGGCGAGCGGGAGCUCAUCCUGCGGCGGAGGCUGAAGGGGAAGAUGUACGUGGCCGUGGCAGACAUCAACGUGCAGGAGCCCGGCCUCCAUACCAGUCGCCUCUGCUACUACGAUGACGAAAGGGACUGCUGGCAUCACCUCUGCCACGUGCCACCAGAGGUGGUCUCCCGGGGGUGCGCCAUGUGCAGCAUGUUCAACUACCUCUUUGUGGUGGCCGGCUGUGAGGGCACGGGCCGGACACAGAGACCCUCCAACCGUGUCUUCUGCUAUGACCCCCUGACCAACAUCUGGAGGGAGAUCUGCCCCCUGAACCAAGCACGGCCGCACUGCAAACUUGUGGCCUUGGAUGGCCAUCUCUACGCCAUCGGUGGUGAGUGCCUCUACACAGUGGAGCGCUACGACCCCCGGCAGGACCGCUGGACCUUCACCGCACCCCUGCCCCACGACACCUUUGCUGUGGCCCACACAGCCACAGUGUGCGAUGGGGAGAUCUACGUGACAGGGGGCACCUUGCGCUACGUGCUGCUGCGUUAUGCCGCCCGCUCAAACAGCUGGAUGGUCAGCCCGGCCGGUGGUGGCAAGGACAGGACAGCUGAGAUGGUGAGCACCAAUGGCUUCAUCUACCGCUUUGACCUUCACCGCAGCACGGGCAUUGGCGUCUACCGCUGCAGCACCAAGGCCAAGCUAUGGUAUGAGUGUGCCACCUAUGCCAUGCCUGACCUCUCUGGCUUCCAGUGCACGGUGGUGGGCAGCCUGGUCCACUGCAUCGGUCGGCACUUCCACAUACGUUUCCUGGCUGACCAUAUCUCACCACGCUUUGGGACCAAGGAGCUGCAGCCCUUCCCAUCGCCCCGCGGCAGCCUUCUCCCAGCCAUCCUGGUGCUGCCGGAGGGAGGGACACCACAAACGCAGGUUUGA